ACAUGAGCAAUGCUAUAUAGGAACGAAACAAAGUGCCCUAUCUGGAUCGUUGCUGUGGACAAGUCGGUGUGGGCACGAAAUAAAGGACUGUCAAGGUUCCUUUCUACACAUUCCUGUGGACGGCGUAGUGGGAAAGAGACAGUUUUCAGCAAUAGGCUCAGGGUGUUGCAAAGAUAACUUUUGCAAUAAUAAAAGACCUUCCACAACUUUACCACAACCCAUAACGCUAGCAUCAACUACAACAACGACGAGUAUACCUACUACUUCUAACUUUCGAAUGUCGAAGCCGGUGAUUGUUUUUGCCACCAGACUACAUGACGUUAAUAAGGGGUCAUACAUACACUUAACCUGCAGGGCGACUGGUAACCCAACUCCCUCCAUCACCUGGAGCUUCUUUGCGAUUGGUGAGAAAAUGCCAACUAAUAUCCGGCUGACCAACAAUGGUGCGGAUAUACACAUCGAUUCCGUGACUGAUAUGAACUAUGGCCACUACGCGUGUAAGGCCCACAACUCACAGGGAGACGAUAUACGAUAUAUUGAUAUUUUUGAACAUAGCCCCAGUGGUCCGUAAUCAUGUGAAAUAACAUUAUCAAAAUAAAUGUUUUCAAA